AUGGCUAGUUCAAAUACCAUUGAAGGAGGGAUGGAAGAAAACAAAGACUCUCAAGAGAGUAAAGAAGUGGCCCAAGGACUGGUACAAGCAAACGCAGGGCAGAUCAUGGAGGAUGUAGCAGAAGAAAAUAUAUAUGAAUUGAUCAGCCAGGGAAUGCUUCAAGUUAAGGACAACCGCCCUUGCAGAGGGACUAGAUUGCAGCUCCCAUCUCCUUUUUGA